GAAGUGAAAGGUGACGAACGUGUGAUAGGACGUGUUAUACUCCAAAGCACAUCACCAGCAAGUGUCACUUUUGCGUUGUCGAACGGUCAACGUGCGAUUAUCACUCCGACCGCUGUGAAUAGUUGUUAUACGAAAGCGUUGAAUGAUAUUCGAUCGUAUCAGUUCAAUGAGGUUNAUUUCAUAUAUUUAAUUCGAUUCGACGAUGAAGCAGGGCGAUGGAUAGCCGUGAGUGAGUCUCGUUAUGACGAAUGUUCCGCUCCUUCUGGAACUAAAAAAGUCACUGUUCGAAAUCCACUUCUGAAGAGCGUUAAUGAUAUUGAGGAGAAUUCUUCGUUGGAAGGCUUCGUGAGCUCAACUUCUAAUGAUCACACUUACGUUGAAAUAGCACCUGGAAUUUCAGGACGUCUCGAGCAACGGAAGUAUGCAUUUUUUUUUUAA